GAAAUUUGUGCGGAAAGGGAAGGAGAGAAGUAGAAUCAGAGUAUAGCUAUAUAUAUAUAGGCAUACGAAUUCAAGGAACGUGCUGUAUAUUUUUGUUGAAUAGUAAUUUGUGCGAGUCUAGUUAUAGUAAAAGUGUUCUAAAGUAACAUGUGCUUUCAACCAGAAUAAAGAGCAAUAUAGUUUUGAAGCUGCUACCUAUAUUUACUUUUUGCGGUUCGAGAUCCCCAAUAGUUCAGAGAUAAAUAUUCAAUUUUCUUGAGCUAAUCAAUUACCAAGUAAUCAAUAUAAAUUGUAACAACAUCUCAUGCGAUUCAGUGUACUGGUAUAAGCCGAAUAAUAUUAUUAACAUCAUGCACGUAAGUUUAGUGAUACGACCAUGAUUCGAACUGAAACAUUCUCGAAAUUAUCUAUGCUAUGUAAGCUAGCAAUUACAAACGCGAAUUGACGUAAAACAAUGGCGAUUGCCUCAGAUCAUAAAUUAUUUUGCUAUACAUUAUUAAACAAAUCUAUCAUUUUCGUAGUCGUAAAAUUUCGAAAACCGUGAAACCAUUAUCAAUGGAGGCCAAAAUAUAUACGGUCACAAAAUAUAUUUAUGGAGCGUAUGUAAUUAUGCAGACAUCAAGGUCGGCGUAUCAGGGCUGCAUUACGUAUCAAGAAUUUUUCAGCGCUAAACACGGGCGAUCUAGGUCCUCCAGGCGAUAUAAAUUCGAUCAAACCUAUGACCCAAUCGUAGCGGGUACAAAGGAUGGGUCAGGAAAUUUCAUCAACGAUAGAGCAAUUAUCCGGGCCUUUCAGGCAAAUUUUAGGCCGCCUGCGUUACAAAGUAACCCGAAAAAGACCGUAUUUGUUGGAAGAUUACAACUAACAGUGACUGAGGAUCAAAUCCAGCAGCUCUUCUCGAAGUGCGGCACUAUCAGACAUAUUCGCCUUGUGCACAAUCUGAUAACUGGUGCUUCACGUGGUUACGCAUUCGUAACAUUCAAGCACUCAUCAGGUGUCCGAGCAGCAAUGGAAAUGCAUGGAACCAUCGUAGACGGUCGUUCGAUCCUAGUCGAGCUUGAAGUGGGCAGGACACUUCCUGGCUGGAAACCACGGCGUCUUGGCGGGGGUUUCGGAGGCCGUAAGGAAAGCGGCCAAAUGCGUUUUGGCGGAAGAGCUUGUCCUCAUCAGGCCGCAAGAGUAACUGCUUCGGUUGGGGAACGUGUACGGCUGGACUCAUUAGGUAGAACUACUCACGAUCGCCCGUACUCUGCAGCGAAGAGAAGACGCAGAAAUGAUAGGAGUCAAAGUCGAUCCCAGAAACGGAGCGCUCAUUCACCUCUGCAAAAAAAACAUUUUUCAAGUGGCUCAGUUACUUAUCAUGUAGAAGACCGAUCGCCAUCUUCAGGCCCAAGGAAUUCCAGCAGCAAAAAAAAAUAAAAGAGGAUAAAAACUGCCCUCGAAUUUUGAUAGAAACUGUUGAGAUCGAACAUGAAAUGAUACAGUAUAACCUCGAUCUUUCGACUG